UCGCCUUAAAGAUAAAAGUAAGGUUAGGCCAAAGACGUUAUGUCGUCAGGGGACAAUUUUGAAGUCAUACACACGUAUAAUUGAGAAAGUAAGUGAAGUAGUUGAGAACCUUCAUGGUUCAUAGCACGUUGUCAAACAAUCGAAGACAUACCCUUAGUUGGAUUGUUCGUUAUUCUAUAGAUUCAACUUAAAAAAGGUACACUUUUAUACCAUUUGAACACUAGAAGGAAGAAUAAUGAUGAAAGCAACAAGAUCUUCAGCCAGAAUAAAAAGCACAAAUUCAAUCUCCAAUGUUAAUUGUAAUGAAAAAAAUUAUACAAAAGAGACGGAACUUGAAAAUAAUAAUCGAAAAAAGAAUAAAAGUAGAGCAGUGAAUUUUGUUUCUAAUGUAGAAAACAAUCAAUCUCUAAUGAAUUGUCAAGAAAUUGAUCAAGUUUCAGAUGUCCCUGUGGAAAAGAAAUUAAACUUUAAAGAUCUAAGACAAGAAUUAUUAGUUGCUAAUGCAAAUCCUACUCAGAAACAAAAUGAAGAUACACCUAAAGAAAUCUUCAGAAAUCUGAAUAUAAUGAGAACGGAAUUGAGACAGCUAGAAGAUCCUCCUGUGUCAAAAUCGGAGAAAGAUUUAAUGUCAGCUAGACUUGAUUUUUCUUUUUUCAAUAAACCAUGUGAAGAAUUGGCACUAAGUCUGUUAGGUAAAAUUUUCGUUCGUCAAUUGGAAGAUGGAACAGUUUUAAAAGGUCGAAUUGUGGAAACUGAAAGUUACAUUGGAACUGUAGACAAAGCAUCACAAACUUAUGAUUAUCGAAUAUCUGCAACAAAUUUACCUUUAUAUAUGCCACCAGGAACUAUUUAUAUUUAUUCUACUUAUGGAAUGUAUCAUUGCAUCAACAUUUCUAGUCAACCCAGGUGCGAAUUGUCGGUCGGCCCAUGGUCGGGCCGACCAUGUGCAUGGUCGGCCCACCUCGGGCAGCCAGAGGUCGGGCCAACUAGCGAAUUGAUAACGUCGGCCGACCUAUGGUCGACUAAGUUGGACCGACUAUGGGUACCAUAGUCGGGCCGACCAAGGCUGCCCUAGUUGGG